GCCCAGAGCCCGGAGAAGUUUAGUGGGAGGGAGGAAGGGAGGGCAGAGAGAGGGAGAAGGGGCAAUUGUGCGGAGAUGGCUUUCCGCAGGAGGAAAAGUUACCCCAUCUUCAGCCAGGAGUUUGUCAUCCACAACCAUGCGGACAUCGGCCUCUUCUGUGUCAUCCUGGUCCUCAUCGGGCUCAUGUUCGAGGUCACAGCGAAAACUGCCUUCAUCUUUAUAUUACCUCAAUAUAACAGCAGUAUACAAUCUCUCGACGGCGAGAUUGUUUAUUAUCAUUAUGGCGUGAAGGAUCUGGUCACCAUUUUGUUCUAUAUUAUCAUUACCAUAAUUCUACACGCGGUGGUGCAGGAAUACAUCUUGGACAAAAUUAACAGACGUCUUCACCUUUCCAAAGUGAAGCAGAGUAGGUUUAAUGAAUCUGGCCAGUUGGCGGUCUUUCAUCUAACAUCCAUGUUCUGGAGUCUUUAUGUAGCCGGCUCGGAAGGCUAUCUAUCCAACCCAAAAACACUGUGGGAAAGUUAUCCUCAUGUUUACCUUCCCUUCCAAGUGAAGUUCUUCUACCUGUGCCAGCUGGCGUACUGGCUGCACGCGCUGCCCGAACUCUACUUUCAGAAGGUGAAAAAGGAGGAAAUCCCCCGCCAGUUGCAGUACAUCAUACUAUACCUCCUUCAUAUAGCCGGAGCUUAUCUGCUGAAUCUGACGCGCCUCGGCCUCAUAUUGCUGCUCUUACAGUCGGUGGCGGAGCUUCUGUUCCAUAUAGCACGCUUGUUUUACUUCACGGAUGAAAAUAACCAAAAGCUUUUUAAUGUGUGGGCUGUAGUGUUUGUGAUCAGCCGCUUGUUCACCCUGACUCUGUCCGUUCUGACCGUUGGGUUUGGUCUCGCCCGAGCAGAGGUCCAUACGUUUAACCCGGACAAAGGAAACUUCAAUACGCUUCUUUUCAGGAUGUUUGUCCUUCUGUUGAUGUGUGUCUCUCAGACCUGGAUGAUGUGGCGCUUCAUCCACUUCCAGCUGCGGCGUUGGAGGGAAUGCUGUAAGGAACAGGCCGCCAAGAAGAGGACGGCCGUCGCCGUUAUAGCAAAGCAGCAAGUCAAGGUCCUAAAGAGGGAGUCCGGUUUUCACGAAAAUGGGGUAGUAAAAGCAGAGAACGGAUCCACUCCUCGACCGAAAAAAAUAAAGUCUCCAUAAGUGCCAAACGUUUUGCAGCAGGGAUCCCCCUCCCCCCUCACACCACCCUUCAGGGAGGUUAGAGUUUUCUGGACUUUCAUUGAGCUCCUGUUUUUUUUUUUUUUUCGCCAGCACUUUGCCUUUUUUGUGAUCUAGAAUACAAGUGCCUUCUGGAAUCCUCACUAGAAACUAUUAGUCAGGUUUCUUAACAAAAACAAGGAAAAAAACAAACAAAAAAAGCACCAAGUGCCCGACAUGCCGUUUGAAACCAGUCCUGGUUCCAUUCACGCCUCGGAGAUGUACAUUCCCUUCGCUGUUGACUGUAUUUCAGUAUUUUUGA